UUGAAUUUCGUAGUUCACCAAACGGUAACACACAGAGCCGAGAUCCAACGCCACACAACUGAACAGAAGAGAAAACCUCUCUCUCUUUCUCUCUCUCAUGGCUCCUCACUUCGUCUUCCCUCGCACUCUCGAAGACCUAGAACAAGAUUCACCGGAAGACAAUUCCCUCACAGUCCAAAACCCCACCAACAUCGCUUCCCUCUCUUCUUCCCAACUCGAAGAAUUCGUAAAAGGUGUUUCGUUCGACCUCUCAGACAGAGAAAUCCUCUGCGUCGAAGACCAAGACGUUUUCGACCGUCUUUACUCUCUCCUUCGCGGUUACGCUUCUUUACCUAACUUAUCUAAACUCAAUCUCGUUGAAACUCUCCGCUCCAAUCUCGCCGUUCUUCUCCCCAAUGUUGAUUCUCUUUCAAGGGCUUCCAACGACCACGAUGACCAUAUUCUUGUUAUUGACCGCGUUGCUUCCCAUCGCAACGCUUUUAAAAUUUACACUUACUUCCUUAUCAACAUUGUUCUCGCUGAAGAUUCCAACCAUGCCCCCAAGGUGGUGGCAGCUAGUGCCAGGAAGAAACAACCCGUACAUUCAUGGAAUUGGGAGCCGCAGAGAGCUCGGAUUCUCACUCUGAUUGCCAGCUCAUUGGAGAUAAACCUUGAAUUACUUUUUGGUUCAUCUGAUCCUGACGAAGGUUACUUGUCUUUCAUCACAAAAAAUGCAUUCUCCAUGUUUGAAAAUGUGGUGAUUUUAAAAGAUUCCAACUCGAAAGAUGCCCUCUGUCGCAUAAUCGGAGCCUGCUCCACUAAGUACCAUUACACGACACAGUCUAGUGUAUCCAUCAUGCACCUUAUUCACAAAUAUGAUUUUGUUGUCGUCCAUAUGGCGGAUGCGGUCGCUGGUGCCCAAAAGAAGUAUUUAGAUGGAAGCCUUGCAACUUCUAUUGUUAGAGAAAUUGGAAGGACUAACCCAAAAGAUUAUGUUAAGGACACUGUUGGUGCUGAAAAUGUGGGGCGUUUUCUUGUGGAGUUAGCAGACCGUAUUCCCAAAUUGAUAUCAACUAACAUUGGCAUUCUUGUUCCUCACUUUGGUGGUGAGUCUUAUAAGAUCAGAAACGCUCUUGUUGCUGUGUUGGGGAAGCUAAUAUCAAAAGCGUUUAAGGAUAUUGAUGGUGAAGCGAGUACGAAGAACAUUCGGCUGCGUACUAAGCAAGCUAUGUUGGAAAUUUUGCUUGAGAGAUGUAGGGAUGUUUCAGCUUAUACCAGGAGUCGUGUGCUUCAGGUGUGGGGGGAGUUAUGUGAGGAACACUCAGUUUCAAUUGGUUUAUGGAUUGAGGUUGCAGAAGUUGCUGCUGGGAGAUUGGAGGACAAGAGUGCAAUAGUCAGAAAGUCUGCUUUGAAUCUGUUAAUCAUGAUGUUGCAGCAUAAUCCUUUUGGCCCACAGCUCCGAGUAGCUUCAUUUGAGGCAACGUUGGAUCAGUAUAAGAAGAAGUUGAAAGAGCUUGAGCCUUCAGAAGGUUCUGAUAAUGAAAACUCUAAUGUGGAUGGUGAAGUAGAUGAUUUGAAUUUUGAAGCUGUUGAGAAGGAACGGCAAGAGAGUGUGACUGAUACAUUUAUGUCACAGGAAGAAGAUGCAGUCCCUAUGCAGAAUGGUAGUGAUAGUAGUGUGCCUGAUGUUGGGAACUUGGAGCAGACUAGGGCCUUGGUUGCAUCGCUUGAGGCUGGAUUGAGAUUCUCUAAAUGUAUAGAGGCCACAAUGCCAACACUUGUCCAGUUGAUGGCGUCAUCUUCUGCUACUGAUGUUGAAAAUACAAUUCUCUUGUUGAUGAGGUGUAAGCAAUUUCAAAUUGAUGGCUCAGAAGAAUGUCUCCGAAAGAUGUUGCCCCUGGCAUUUUCUCAGGAUAAAUCCAUCUUUGAAGCAGUGGAGAAUGCUUUCAGUACAAUAUACAUAAGGAAAAGCCCAACGGAAACUGCCCAGAAUCUCUUGAGCCUUGCAACUGGUUCCAAUAUAGGAGAUCUGGCAGCUCUUGAGUUUAUAGUUGGCACCCUGGUCUCUAAGGGAGAUAUAUCUUCCAGCACAAUAUCAGCACUAUGGGAUUUCUUUUGUUUCAAUGUUGGUGGAACCACUGCAGAGCAAAGCCGUGGUGCUUUAUCUGUCCUUUGCAUGGUCGAAAAGACAUCAACUGGGGUACUUGGCUCACAUUUACAAGACAUCAUUGAUAUUGGGUUUGGCCGUUGGUCUAAAGUUGAUCCUUUGCUAGCAAGGACAGCCUGUCUUGCUAUUGAGAGGCUUUCUGAAGAUGACAAGACAAAGUUGUUGGCAAAUAAUAGUGUUCGAAUAUUUGGCAUUCUCGAUAGUUUAAUUACUGGCUAUUCGCUUCCAGCAAAUAUUUGGUAUGCUGCUGCUGACAAAGCAAUAACUGCCAUAUAUGCUGUUCACCCUACUCCAGAAACCAUAGCAUCUGACAUGAUAAAUAAAUCUCUCAGUUCUGUUUUUAAGGAUUGUGGUGGUAGUGAUAUUGACACUAAUAGCAGCAUUCCAAUCACAGUUCAUGAGGCAAAGCUGUGUAGAUGUUUAUUUGUCAUAAGUCAUAUUGCCAUGAAUCAUUUGGUCUAUAUUGAAUCAUGUGGCCGUAAAAUUCAGAAGCAGAAACUUGCAAAAGAGAAAAAAAACAUUGAGAGUCAGAGUACCGACAGUAAUGGCACAGCGUCAGUUGGUGGUACACAAAAGGAUAAUGAUAUAAAUGCCGAGUUAGGAUUUGCAGCCUCUGAGGAUGCUGCACUUGAUGCAAUGUUUGAAAAAGCAGAAAAGGAAAUUGUUUCUGGUGGUUCAAAUGAAAAGAAUUUGGUUGGUAUUUGUGCAACCUUUUUGUCAAAGCUUUGUAGAAAUUUUGGACUACUGCAAAAGUAUCCAGAAUUACAGGCUCCUGCAAUGCUUGCUUUGUGUCGUUUGAUGGCCAUUGAUGCAGAAUUUUGUGAUGCAAAUCUUCAGCUUCUCUUCACAGUUGUGGAAAAUGCACAGUCAGAAAUUGUCCGUUCUAAUUGCACUAUUGCACUAGGAGACUUAGCAGUAAGGUUUCCCAAUCUUUUAGAACCAUGGACAGAAAAAAUGUAUGCCCGCCUACAAGAUCCUUGUGUAUCUGUAAGGAAGAAUGCGGUUCUGGUGCUUUCGCAUCUCAUACUAAAUGACAUGAUGAAGGUGAAAGGGUACAUUAAUGAAAUGGCAGUUAGAUUAGAAGACGAAGAUGAGAGAAUUUCAAAUCUCGCGAAGUUGUUUUUUCUUGAACUUUCCAAGAAAGGAAACAAUCCAAUAUAUAAUUUGCUUCCUGACAUACUUAGCAAAUUAUCCAAGCAGAACCUGAGCAAUGAUUCUUUCUGCAACAUCAUGCAAUUUUUAAUUGCUUCCAUCAAGAAGGACCGUCAAAUGGAAGCGCUGGUGGAAAAGCUAUGUAAUAGGUUUAGUGGUGUCGCAGAUGUCAGACAGUGGGAGCAUAUAUCUUAUUGUCUCUCUCAGCUAUCAUUUACUGAAAAGGGAAUGAAAAAACUCAUAGAUUUAUUUAAGACCUAUGAACAUGCCUUGUCAGAGGAUUCUGUUAUGGAGAAUUUUAGAAACAUAUUGAACAAGGCAAAGAAGUUUGCAAAAGUGGAACUUAAAACUUACAUUGAGGAGUUUGAGGAGAAGCUGACUAAGUUCCACACGGAAAAGAAGGAACAGGAAGUUACUGCUCGAAAUGCCCAAAUCCAUCAAGAGAAGAUUGACAGCAGGGUGAACUUUAACAUGGAUAAAAAUUCCGAAGAUUACUCAAAAUCUAAUAAUAGUUCAGAUGAAGCAGUUGGAGAAGUAAUUGAUCCAAGUAGUGAAGAGACAAAUACUUUGUCUGUAAAUGAUGAAGCAGUUGGAGAAGUAAUUGAUCCAAGUAGUGAAGAGACAAAUACUUUGUCUGUAAAUGGUAAAUCAAUAACUAAACCUGUGCCAGAAGCAUCUUCUAGUGCCUUGACUGAAUUGAUUGAUCCAAAUCAAGUGGACAUUGAAGUUCAAUCACCCAUGGUUAAGACAAGAGGAGCUCAACGAUCCAGAAUUAAAAAAAACAGUGUGAAAGAAGAAAAAGGUGAUAUCUCUAUCACCAAGAAAAGAGUUACUCGGUCUAGGAGGUAAAUACACAGAUACCUUUGGAUGAAAAGAUAGACUUAGCAGUUUGAUUUUCAAUUUUGUAUGAUUGUGAUACAUAUAUGGAUGCAUUAUCAAAACACCGUCGUUAACAGUGGGGCACUUCUUCUUGGAAGUUGUACAUGUGGAAGUUGUAUAUGGUUUAUUAUUCACAUAAUCAAUCCCUAAAGUAUUGGGUUUUUUUGUGCUUGAAGGUGGUUAUGUUUUAGUGUUUAUGUGGAAUCCAUCCAUCAAGUUGUAAAUUUGUGAAAGUUACCAUCUAUCUUACUUUAACUAAAGCGGUGCAGUUUACAUCCACUUCAAUCAAUUUCCUACUCUAAACUUUACUCAAUUCACAUUCAUCUUCAAGCAAGAGAACGUGCCCAAACAGAAAUAUUUAUAUAUACACUAUAGGCAAUGGACAUUUACAGAUCCAAAAAAUAUCUCCAACAAAAGUUAUAAUAAUCUGAAACUGACUUCAUACUUGAAUACACAAUCGGAGAUCAUACCAUUAGUAUCUACCAACCAACUGUGACAGUUAGAAUUUCAUUUUGAAACAAUUUUAGGGUGUUUUUUCACGUAUGU